CUGAAAUAAGGCAUCGGUUGCCUUAAGCCCCAAAGCAACCACCACGAGGUCGAUGGAAUAAGACCGUAUGGGUCCGCCUCCUUGGAAGCGUUUUGAUUCCUUCCUUCCUUCCAUAACAAUUUCGGUCAAUGCCCAACGCUCCCGUCCAUCAAUUUUGGCCUUCAUAUAUCAAUUCGUUGGGUGGUUCCCCCAAACAGGUUUUCAAGUCCAUCUUGAGUUACUGAAUCUGCACCUGGAGUCUAUUCGAUUUCUACCUUGACGGGCCAAACAUCACUGCUGCCUCGAUUUUCCGUGGCGUAGUAAUGGACGCCCCGAGAACCUUUGGCCCGCCCCGGCAGGCUACGUUCCAUGACAUUCCUUAUGAGAAACGAUGGGACCAUCUCAAGGACAUAAUCGCCAAGGCCUUUUUGGGAGACACUACAAGCAGCCCACUCACAUUCCCGAAACUUUCCGAAUUCAUGAAGAAGCACCAUGGCUUUGAUGCAUCGCCCGCUCAGUAUCGCUAUCGUCUCGGCCAGUGGGACAUCCGAAAAAACACGAAGAAGGUAGAGAAGACCGCAGCGAUUACCGCCCUCGGGAAGCGCAAUCGUGUCAGAGGCAGCACCUCGGAUGUGAAGAUCCGACAAGGGGAGUCGAUGAUGCCCAUGGACAGCAAACAGGUGAAGCGGUUCAUCAAUGACAGUAUUCGUCACCACUCUGUCCCGCCAUUGACCCCUGGCAUAGUCUCUCAGUGGAACCUGCCAUACAUCGCGUACCGUGCCUCGCUCGGGAGGCAAGACGAUCAAGCGUCUCCGUUCAACUGCAAUCCACCGACCCCGCAAUAUCUCCAAAUCAACAGCCCCGAGGCAUCUGCUGGCCAAGCUUUGGACAUGUCUCCUGGUGUUGCUCUGAUUCGGAGGAAGACCAUGCUGGAUCGGUCAAGCCUGCUUCUACAAGGACGUAGAGAAGAGUUGUUGAGUGGAUGUAAUGUCAAUGACAGAAGAACACUCUCAGACUGGCUGCAUGACUACUGGAUGUACUGCUUCGUGACGGCCAAGUUUUGGGGAACCGGCCCUCAAGAAUGGACAGCUGGAAUGGUCUCGGAGUUUACAUUUGGUGCAGCCACCAAUGGAACGCCUCAGAACUCCCGCUCGCCCCCCGCACGGAUUUCUGGACAAUCUUCAUCGGGGUCCCGGCUCGCCGAAGCCCCACGACCAACACAGCUAUGUCACUGGGCCAUUCACCAUAGAGAUACAGUUCAUUACGAGUCUUUACCGUCUUCUCCACGUGUAGAACAAGCGAGUUUUGAUCCCGGUGAUCAAUCGUCUUGGACUGCGUGGACGGAUUCUCAGAGAUCCCAGUCUUAUCAAAACUCCAUUCAUGAAGCCUUUAUCCACAACCGAUUCAGUACAACUGCUCCCGAGGAGGUUCCGAUCGCCUGUGAAGUCGUUUCAGAGGUCAUUUCGACAUCUAACAUGCCUUUGGCAUUGGACUCGUUGGCAUUUGCCAUUAUGGCUGGCAACGUAGAACUCAUCUCAAAAACUCUUUGCGAAAUGCAGCAUUCAGCCAUGACUGAGAGAUUGGACCUCACGGGUAUCCACCCAUACCAUCUUGCGGCAUCCUUUCUAGAUGGAGGAAGAACCUGUUGCCUCAUGCUCAGUGAACUCACUUGGGCAUUUCCAGACUACCAUUAUCCCAUCGCUCUCAACAACGUGGACUCCAACGAACAUACUGUGUUAGACUGUCUUAUGAUUUCAGUCCUGCGUUCCCACACAAAUCUUUCACCCCCAGAGGUCAGCACAAGCUUCGUCCGAUGCACUCGCUUUCCGGGCGAAGAGAAGGAUAUUUGUGGGCGGUGGAACGCCAAUUCACCAGAACUACGACAGCUCUAUCAAUCUGGACAAGUGAAACUUCCGGACUUUUGAAAGCACAAUUUUUGUCAUAGCUCUGUACAGGCCGUGUGCCACAGCAUGAUGGCAAUCUUUUUGCGCCCGUCAAGGCCAAACAUCAACACUGUCAGCGGCCUCUUUCGACGACGUUGCACCAGCUGCGGGCUUGAGAUGAAACUAGGCCCGCUGCAUACUCUUGUGGCUGUCGCUUUCCAUUUGGCAGAGAAUGGAAAGAGUGGAGAAACGCUCUUUGGGGCACUGGCUUGUCUAGUCUGUCUCCUUGUACUAGGAGCUGACCCCACUCAAGU